CACAGUAACUACAGCGAUGGUCGGCGUGACAACCAUGCGUCUCCUGCCCAUACUUGGAUUUAUGACGUUGACACUUGUGUCCGUUGGCAACGCUGAGAUUCUGCCCCAAGCUGGCUUCAAUGUUCAAGGGAUGGCUGGUCAGUGGUACUUAGUAGGGUUUGCCACUAAUGCCCCCUGGUUCGUUGCUCGGCGCAGCAUCAUGAAGAUGGGCAGUGUUACCAUGACACCCAGCAGUGAUGGAGGACUCACCAUUGACCACUCCAGCGUCAAUGCUGAUGGCUCCAGUUUCAAAAUUACCCACAAUGCCAGGCCUUCUACGUUGCCCGGGAGAUUCACCUUCAGGAGCGAGCGUACGGAGGGGGAGAACGACAUGCGUGUGGUGCAGGUGAACUACGGAGACUUUGCUCUCAUCCACACCAUCAAGAGCAGCGGGGGAGGCAGCACAGUCCUCAACAAACUAUACGGUAGAUCACCUGACCUGAGUCCUGAUGUUCUUCAGAAGUUCCGGAGUUUCUCAUUGGAGUGCGGCAUUCUCCCUGAAAACAUAGCCAUCCUACCCAAGAACUGAUCACCUGAGGGGUCGUCCACACACAUCAUCUUCCUUUUCUUUUCUUUUCUUUCUUUCU